AUGUUGAUCAAGUUUUCUGUUAUCUGCUGGUAUGAUAAGUUGAAGUGGAAAACUUGCAAAACUGUUGCAGAAGACAGUGUAGUUCUUUUACAUAAUACUGACUUUCACUAUGAAAACGUUGAGACAUUCGCCAUACCGCAUGUCUUGUCAAUGAAAUGGUUUCGUAUCACGCGGAAUGAAAGUCCUGACUGA